AUUUCACCGGUUUCGCCGUUCUCCCAUUUCCCUAUCCUCCAAAAAUAAUAGAAAUUAAAAGGAAAAUAAAUUCACUUCCUUUUCUCCUCCUCAGCUCUGUCUUCUUUCUCGCGUUUUCUCGCCUUCGACAGAAAAUAAUCCUCUUCUCGUUGCUUGUUUGAUCGAGUUUCCCAGUUUCUAAAUUUGGCUCGAAAUUCGAGGAGUGUUUUUGAAGAAGCGGAAGUUUUUGGUAUAAUCUCUGUCGAUUGCGUUUGGCGGGACUGAAGAAUCUAUUUUUGUUUGCUAAUCUUAAUCUUAAUUCGGUAUUUGAUUAUCGCUCAUUCCAGGUCUUCUUCUUUGAUCUAUCUUUUUUAUUUUUAUUAUUAUUUAGUUUCUUUGACCUAUUUGAUUCGUCGUAAACCCUGAUUUAGGUUAGGUACGUUUUCAGGGAUUGAAAGCUUAAGAAAUAUAUAAAAAGGAAAAAAUGAUUUGAUUAUUUUUUUGUGUAUGCAGAAGUUCGGUUAAGCGACCGUUUUCGUUUUCCAAUUUUUGAGUCGUUGUUGAUGUUUAGGUAUUUCAACACAAGGAAAACUCUGAAAUUUGUGGUGCGUUGUUUUAGUUUGCCAUCCAAAAUCAAGGGGUUUUUCUUGUUUGGGUUAUUGGGUAGAUCCUGCAUAUAAUUCUCUUCCCCCCUUUUCAUCUUUUGUUUUUAAUUUUUCCGUCUUUUAGCUAUUCCCAUAACCCUCCAAAACAAAUGUAAAAAGAAGAGAAUUUUAGUGUUUCCAUUAAGAAAAUAUCUAUACUGUUUUCGGUUAAAAUUAUUAUAUAGCAUUUAUUGAGGAAAGGAGAGCAAGGAAUUGGCUGUAUAUACGACUUAGAACAAUGACGUUGAAUUUUUCCCAUCGGCCUAUCUUUCCUGCGCGUUUGACUGAAGAUCGGGUUUCUUUUGGAAUGGCGAAUGGUUACCUUGCGGAAGGUAUCCAACAGAAGAAUGGAGAAGGGUGUAAGGAAUCCUGGCAUUCGAAUCAUGAUUGCUUUGAUUAUGGAAGGGAUAAAAGUAGUGCUCGAUUUGGUUCUCAUGAGCCUGUUUCCAAUGAUAUUAUUGAUCUUUUGCCAUCGGAUCCAUUUGGAAUGGAUAUCAACAUUACUGUCACUGCAAUUACUGGUUGGCUUGAGGAUUUGGAAAUUGACUACAGUGGCUAUGUGAGAGAUGAUUUGGGGACUGGUGAUGGUAGUUCUCAGUUGUUUGCUGGAUUGAACUUUAUUUGGAACAACAACAUGUGGCUUCAAACAUUACCUGGGGAACGUAAAGGUAGUGUUUCUAGUGGAUUUGGUGAGUAUUCUCAGUCAAAGGAGCGAGAGAAUGUGUUUGCUCAUGUUGGCUUUGGAUCAGCUUGUAAUGCAAGGGACAAUUUGUGUUUUAGGAAUGAAUAUGUGGUUUCUGUUGAUCAGGAAAAUGAUGAUUUUCAGGAUUGUGAGGUUUGUUCUGAGGAACAGGAGGGAGGUCCUCAUGAAGCUCUGAUUUUGGCCCUUGGUUAUCUGGAUGUGCGGGAUCUAUUUGCUGUUGAAAGUGUUUGUAUGUCACUGCGCUAUGCGGUUCAGAAUGAUCCCCUUUUAUGGAGGAAUAUUCACAUUGAACAACCACUAAGCGAGAAGAUUACUGAUGAUGUUCUUUUACAAAUAACUUGUAGGGCUCAAGGUAGCUUGCAAUGCCUGAGCCUGGUAGAUUGCCAAAGGAUUACUGAUGAGGGCCUUAAACGGGUGGUUGAAGAAAAUCCAAAGCUAUUGAAGCUGAGUGUCCCUGGAUGUACAAGACUAAGUGUUGAGGGCAUUUUGAAUAGCCUAAAGGCUUUGAGGUCUGCGGGCAGACAAGGGGUGAAGCAUUUGAGGAUUGCUGGGGUAUAUGGUGUAACAAUGAAGCAUUUUGAAGAGCUGAAGAUGUUGCUGGGCAUGGACAACCAGAUUCAGCAGAUAGUGCACAAGCCACUUUUUUAUAACAGAAGAAAUGUAUAUCUCUCUUGUGAAGAUGAUCGUGCCAUUGAUAUUGAAAUGUGCCCAAGAUGCAACAAUGUGAGGCUUGUUUAUGAUUGUCCUGUGGAGGGUUGUCAGCAGAAAGGCCACAGUGGUCAGUUAUGCAGGGCAUGCACUCUUUGCAUAGCACGGUGUGUCGAGUGUGGUCAAUGCAUUAAUGAUGGCGAAUACGAGGAAACAUUUAGUCUGGAGUUGCUUUGUUCAGAUUGUUGGAGGCUACAAAUAAAACCUUGAUGUCUCAUUUGCAAAAUCUCGUGUUGCAUGUAUUUCCAAGAUAAUAUCGUGUUUACUUGUGGAUGGUCAAUGCUGAAGUUGGUGGGAAAGUUCCAGAGUUUUCCAACUUGAACAUAGAUUCGACAACGAAGCACUUAUCAAGUUGACACAGUAGAUUGAGGAAAUAUUUCUGGUCUCUGAUGCAAGUUGGAUUUGAUCGUGAUCGGUUUUCUUGCUG